AAAACUCAUUUCUCUUUUUGCCAGCGGUUCCCAAAUCCCCACCGGCGCCGCCACAAGCCGCCGGCGGCCGCUCCCCCGGAUCCCGCCGUCGCCGCCCCCUCGCCUCCUCUGCAGCGAACCCCCUCUUCCUCGCCGCCGCCCUCCUCGACAACGACCCCGGCUCUGCUUCCUCUCCGACGCGGGCCGCCGCCGAUCUGCAUCUGCCUCGUCGCCGGACGGAUGUUUCUAGCUAAAUCCAAGGAAUGGAUGCAAUAUCAGGUCAUGGAGGGGAGGAAGGACAUGCAGGAGCCAGACACUGCACCUGUUGUUCAAGUACCCAGAGAGCCUGCCAUCGUUAUCAAUGGUGUCCCAAACUUUCCUCCUGAUUUCGCAUCUGGUUCACAACUUGCAGUAAGAGAGGCUCCGCGAUCCCGAGUUGAUCAUUUCUUUGGUGAAUGGCUAGUAGAGCGGAAAGUGAGAAAGUGGUUUGGAGACAAGUACUAUGCAGGGACAGUUGUCUGGUAUGACAGUGGAAACAAUUGGUACACCGUUGUUUAUGAAGAUGGAGACCAGGAAGAUCUUGAGUGGCACGAACUGGAGGAGAUCCUGCUGCCGUUGGACACAACCAUCCCCCUCAACACACUUGUGAUGGACAAAUUCCAACAUCAGAAUGUUGUUCCCGACUACAGAAGUAACGUUGCUAGCAAUCAGAUGGUGGUCAGAGCGGCAAAUGGCCAACAGUCAAACAACCCACCGCUACCAGGGUGGCUUCAGGCGUCAGCAUCAGCAGGGGGAAAUUCUCUAGCAUGUCUGAAACCUAGUGAUCAACCUAAGAAAAGGGGCAGGCCUCGAAAGGAUAGAAGUACAUCAGGUGAUAUUCAACCUAAGAAAAGGGACAUGCCUCUAAUAAAGGAUAGAAGAACAUCAGGCGAUGGUCAACCCAAAAAAAGAGGCAGACCUCCGAAAGAACCUGGAGAGAAGAGUAUGGAUAGGCUCAAGUUAGACACUGUCAGGGCAGAGAAACUGAAGAGAGAAAGCAUGCUUCUGCGAGGGGCGUUACCUGGAACUCAGCCAUUCUAACAAUCAAUAUGGCUGUUCCAAUAUCUAGUAGUAGAUAUCUCUAAAUAUUCCAGUCUAUGUAUGCUUGCGACCCUAGCUUUCAAUCUACUCUGUGCAACCCAACCCAGCGUACUUUUAUAUGUAUAUUUACUAUGCGACUGCUGUCAUAUCUAAUUCUUCUCCUAGAGAAGAAGUAUGUCUGCAAGCUGCUUAAAAUUCUUGUGGUACGGUGUUUAGAAGUUCUCCUUGUGAAAAUGGAACCUGGUUGUGGUUGAUUUAUUUCCAUGUGCAAGCA